AUGGUCAAAUUUUUAGUUAUUGGUGGAGGAAUUGCUGGUGUAACUUGUGCAGAACAGCUAUCAGCUUUACGUAGCGAUUGCCAAAUUUCUCUCAUUUCCUCAUCACCACUUAUUAAAGCAGUAACAAACUUUCAACAGUACGCUCGAUCUCUCGAAAAAUUCACAGUAGAAGAACGACCUUUAUCAACUUUGAAUAAUCAAUACUCAAAUAUUGCCGUAUUCCACAAGACAGCCAAGAACUUGGAUUCAUCGAAACAUACUCUUACUACAGAAGAUGGUGAAAUCUUUCAAUACGAUAAGUUGUGCAUUUGUUCUGGUGCAUCCCCAAAGAUUAUUGACUCUAAAAGUGAUAGGGUGAUUGGUAUCAGGGAUACUGAAAGUGUAACACACUUUCAGAAUUUGUUAGCUAAUUCUAAGCGCGUUAUGAUUGUCGGCAACGGUGGAAUUGCUACCGAGCUCGUACAUGAAAUUACCAAUUGCCGAAUUAUUUGGACUAUCAAAGAUGACUCUAUUAGCUCUACAUUUUUCGACGUUGGCGCUGGUCAGUUUCUACUGCCCAAACUAUUUACCCCUGGUGAUGAAGAACCAGACAAUACUUUGAGCAAAAGGAUGAAAUUUACACUUGACGACGAUACCUCUGAUAGUGAUCUAGCUAAGAAUAAUUUCGGAAGCGCUUUAGGACCUGACUGGAGCAGAAAUCUGAAAAUCUCUGGUGGAUUAUCGGAAUCACAAGUACUACAAGUUGAGUACAAUUGUGAGGUGGCUAGCAUUCUUAGUUAUUCUGAAUAUAGAAAUCUUCUCAGUCUUGACAGUAAUAACACUGACGAAAAAGUUUCUUCUUCAAGUUCAAACGUAUGGCCGAUUUAUGUAAAGCUUACUAAUGGUAAGUUAUAUGGAUGUGAUUUCGUUAUUUCUGCCACUGGUGUAACACCAAAUAUAGACUUGGUGAAAAAUGAUCCAACCUUUCAAAUAGGAAAAGAUGGAGGAAUUGUUGUCGAUGAUCACAUGAAAACUAGGGUAGCUAACAUUUAUGCAGCUGGUGAUGUAUGCUGUGCAGGUUGGGAUCACGCGCCACAUUGGUUCCAGAUGAGGUUAUGGACUCAAGCUCGUCAAAUGGGCAGUUAUGCUGCGAAAUGUAUGGUUGCUGAUACUGAAAAUGAUUCUAUAUCUAUGGACUUUUGCUUUGAAUUGUUUGCCCACGUUACGAAAUUCUUCGAUUAUAAGGUAGUCUUACUAGGCCAGUACAAUGCGCAAAAAUUGGGUAAAGACUACGAAAUAUUACUUCGAUGCACCAAAGAUAUGGAAUUUAUCAAAGUUAUUCUACAUAAAGGACGAAUGUAUGGAGCAAUAAUUAUUGGAGAGACUGAUCUGGAAGAGACCUUUGAAAACCUUAUUCUAAAUCAGAUGGAUUUAUCUCGCUUCGGAGAAUCAUUGUUGGAUCCAUCAAUAGAUAUCGAAGACUACUUUGAUUAA